AAGAGUCAGUUUCACGUCUCGCGCAAAAAGCAGCUUGCCUGUUGCAAGAUGCUUAACUACAUUAAGGAGACAAUAAUGGCGCCGUCCACACGCAGCAGCAGCAGCAACAACGCGAAUGCCAACAAAAGCGCUGAACAAGCUGAGCAAAAAUUCGGCGCGGACUCUCCAAUGCCAAUGCGGGGCUACAAAAUUACAGAUAACGAACGGACCCGAAAGUAUGGCAUUGGUGCAAAUUCCCUUAAAAUGUUGCUCGCUAAAACGCAGCUUAAAUUUCCGUUGGAGGAUCUGCACAUUUACUUGGCCUCCGAUGGCUUUGAGGUAUCCGAUGACGAAUAUUUAAAUAGUUUGCCAGCACAGACGCUUUUCAUUGCCAGUGGUCCUGAUGCGGUCAUAACAACAGACGCUGAUUUUGAAUUUGAUAAGUUACGACGGGACUCACCACUGCUUAAGGUAGCCGAUAUUUUUUAUGAUUUUAUUGAACAGCAUCCGGAGAAGUUCCGUCGCAUGAUUACGGACUAUGAGUUGCAGAAACAGCGUCGCGCAUUGGACAACACCAAAGCGCACUUAAGCAUGAAGAAUGAGCAUUUGGAGUGGUUUGAGGGUGGUGAGGAGCGGUUUCAUUCCAAGGAAGAGGCCAUGGCCAUGCGUGCGCAGACACGUGUACGUGGUUAUUACUACAAAGCCAAGGACGAGCUGACACGCACACAACUUUACAGGCAAGAUGCCAAGGCGCGCCAGAUAAUUAACUCGGUGCUGGAGCAGUUUCGUUAUCUGCUCAUUGGCUGCGACUAUUUCUCUAUGAUAUUCAAUCGGAAGUGUCAGCAAAAGCAUGAAUUUCUGAACCAUCUGCUAAACAAGGAGGAGCCCGACGCUGUCAGUGUGCCCAACAAACGAUUGCGGCAGAUCAUUAAGGACUACACUGUACGCCAUCAGAUACUAGAUGAAUGGUCGGUUUCGCUGUGCACGAAUCUCGGCGAUUUCUACUGUCAGGGCGCGUACUCCGACAAUGGCAACAAUUGUGCCCUGCAACACACCAUCAAUCCGUAUGCUUCACGUGAGAAUCUUAUUUUGUUUCAAGUCUGGAACUUGGACCAUCAAAUUGAACUUUCGCGCACAAUUCUGCCUGCAUUGGUGGCUAAUGUUCGUGAGUUAAUCACGCAGCCGCAGAAAAAGUGUGCAUUGCACAAGAAGCGCGUCAUCGACAUAUCUGUAUUGGAAUAUUUCCUGGAAAUUUUCUCGCUCAAGAACCUUAAGCUCGUGCACAUUGUAUGCCAUGAAAAAGUGCAACGAACCAAUCGCUCAAAUGGUCGUUUGGUUUGCGCUGAUUGCCAUGAAUAUCGUAUCGUUCAAGAGCUCAUGGAAGUAGAGCGGGCAAACGAACUAACUUAGGAUGGUGAGUUCAAGUGAAAAAUUAAAAAUGUACUUAGCAAGCAAUAUUUAUAUUAAAACCAUAUACAAUUAUAGAUAUAUAUUAAUAUAUAUUAGAGAAUUUAUGCUUUUUUGGUAGCUGCUUUAACGAAAUUAUUCGAAAUAUUGAAGCCUAGCUCAAGCAAGCUGUACCUAAAACUGCUCUCAAAACGUGUUAACUAUGAUAUGAACUGUACAAAAUAUCUCAAAGUUAACUAAAAAAACUAUUGUUGAAAUAUUAACAGAUAUGUAUGUUUAUAAGUAUUUAGAAAAUGGUAACAUAUACGCAUUUAAAAAGUUAUGAUAUUAAGACAACUAUUAGAGUUAUACAAAGUGUUAUGCCAGUUGCAUACUUUAUAAACAAUUUAAACAUUGUUAGCUGUAGCGCCUUUAGUCAUGAGUUUGAAUCAGUCUGUUAAUGUUACCUGAUUCAUAAAAGUCCAUUUUAUGUGCAAAUACCUAUUAUUCAGAACAGGGAAUCAUAACCAUUUACAUAUGUUAGUAACAACCAAAAUGGAAUUAUUACGGUUAAGCUCUGGGAGAGACACAAUCAAGGAUCUCAAACCCUGUCAAGUUUAUAGUAAAUAUUAAUUUCCUGCAUAACCAGAAGCAUCUUUAUGAUGUCUAGCUCUGAUAUCCUGAUAAAAUUCAGCCUAAAAAUGAAAAGAAAGAUUAGACUUACUGGCUAUUCUUAGCUUGUCAAUUGAUUUACUUUCCCAUGAAAUUGCAUAUAAUCAUUUCUAGUCUACACUGAACCCUCAUUUUCGUUUCAAUUACGUAUAUUUACCCUUUUACUCAAAGCAGUAGGGCGAUUUUAACAAAUAUUGGUAAUUGCUUUAUUGAUCUAAGAUCUACGCAAUUGUUUCCUCACAUAUAAUAACAUUUCUGUUUACUUUUGAACGUAAAAAGCCAAUUAUUGUUAUGCAAACCUUUCGAACACCAUUUAGAUGUAUGAGCUUAGGUCUCAUCGUUUCAAAGAUUGACGAUUUUCCCGCAAAGAAAACAGGAUGAGUGCAGAAAGUUUAAUUAUUGAGAAUCCACUCGUCUCUUGGGAGCUCUGUCUUCCGAAACAAAUUGGUGUUUGAUUCCCUGAAUUCAAAUGAGAACUAUACCUAUACAAAUUAUGCGAAACUAAUAUAUAUACGAUACAUAGAUGUUAUUGCUAUUCUUACCUCUUGUAUACUUCAUAUACCCUAAAGAAUUUCAAUACUUCAAUUUCGGUUUCCCUUGAACAAAACCUUUUCCUUAAACAAUAAACAAUCUCAGCUUUUAAAAGCAUUGCAUCUCUAAAUCUAAGAUUUGGUCUCAAUGCCAAAGCUCAAUUUUAUGACGUAUGUGUUUUA